AUUCAGUCCAAUAAGAGCCGCUCUUCGAUUCGUCACACCCGCCGACGAAUCUCUCUCUAUUCCGUCUGUUUUCCUCUAUCUCUCUCUUCUAUUAUCUCUGUUUCUCUCUUUCUCUUUCACUUUGUCUCCCUCACCCCAUCCCGCGGCGGAUCGCCGGCAAUUUUCGAAAACGCGACGCCGAUAGAUCUGCGGGCGAGCGAUAGAUCGUGAUCCGCGCGACGCAGUGCGUCGCGAUGCGUCGCAACGAGCGGUAACAUCGUUAACGAGCGGCGCGUGCAUCCGAGCGGACGGUGCGUGACACGCGCGGCGGUGUGGACGCACGCGGAAUUCGCGGCGCAUCCUCCACGCCGGAUGGGAGACCCCGAGCGCGCCGCCGCCGAGCAGGAAGAGGAUCCUCGCGGAAGACGGACGCUCGUCGCUCCGCGAGUUUGUUUUGACGACACGGGUCACCGUGUGCGCCGCCACGUAUUCCUCCCGCGAGAGGCGAGAACCGCGGUGCGUCGUAAACACGCCGUGUGAUCGCAGUGCGAGCGCGAGCGCGUUUCAUCGAACGUGCGAUCGACGAUCCGUUUCCGUUUCGCGGAGCCGCGAAAGAGAUCGCGAGGACCGAAUCCCGAGAUUGAGUUUCAUCGAUCUCGCGAGUGCAUCGUACGCCCUCCUCCCUCCCCAACCCUCUCCCUCUCGUCUCCCCGAUCGCGUUGAGCGAUUUAAAUACUCGUGGAUCUCCCGGCAAGAGAGAGUUCGAGUUCGAGUUCGAGAGAGCUGCCGUGUGCGAGCUGCCGUGUGUGGACAGCUCCGUGGACGUCUCGCCGAAACCGCGAGGGAAGGCCCUUCCUAGAGGAUGGAAGGCAGGAUUUCGCCUCUUGCCGAGGAAACAUGUCCCGCGGCGAUCGUCGCAACGCGCGAACCGGUUGCGCGCUCUUAAAAUAGUUUCUCACGCGCGUAGGUAACUGGCGCGCACACCGCCGUCCCGCCGCUGGAACACGACGCCGCUGGAGUAGUGCCAGGAUGACAGGCUUGCUGCACACGCUGGUCGUCGCGACCGUCGUCGGGAUUCUGUUGCUGACGACCGCGACGAAACACUCGGAAGCAUGCAACGAAGCAAUCUGUGCCAGCGUCGUAAGCAAGUGUAUGCUCACGCAGAGCUGCAAAUGCGACCUGGUCACUUGUGCCUGCUGCAAGGAAUGUUUCUCGUGCCUGAGUUACUUGUACGACGAAUGCUGUUCUUGCGUAGAUCUAUGUCCGAAGCCGAAUGUCACUGACAACCCGUUGAGCAAGAAAUCUCAUGUCGAGGACUUUUCUGAGCCGGUACCGGCGUUGUUCCAAGCGCUCACAGCUGAAGUGGACACGCAAGGGAGAUGGCUCACCUUCUCAUUUCCGGUAGAUUUCGAUGUUUCAUUAUUCGGAAACACGAAGAAAGAAGUCAAAUACCAUACCAUGCAAACUAUGGGUCAAGAAUCACAUCCAUUGAAGCCGAAUGUGAUGACAGUGAAUUGUACCGUGGCGUUCAUGUCGGAGUGCAACUCUUGGAACAAAUGCCGUGCAUCUUGCCAGAGUAUGGGUGCUACGAGUUACAGGUGGUUUCACGACGGUUGCUGCGAAUGCAUUGGCGACACGUGCAUAAACUAUGGAAUCAACGAAUCCAGAUGCACACGUUGUCCUCUGGACAAGGAGGAUGACAUGAAGGAUUACGACGACUACGGCCAAGACGAGGAUGACUUGAGCGAGGAUGAAAUGGCACCACAAUACUAUACCUAUAAGACACAUUAAAAUUUCCUGGUAAACUGGUACAAUUGAAACUUCACACGAGCCCAAAUCAGACCAGUUCAGAAGUUUGCUCUCCAGGUUCAUCGAAUUACUUUUCAAAGUGAUUUUAAAUAAUUGAAUGAACAAUUCGAAAGCUCUAAUCUUCAGUAUCGAUUAUGAUGGCAAUAAUGAACUCAAUGACAAAACGCACAUACAUAUCUUAAUACAUCGAACACCGUUUUUGGAGAAGGAAUUUUUAAUCAAUGUAAUUAUUGCAAUGUAAUUUAAGUUAACGCAGCAAGGUUGGCUGAAAGUGUCAAUUAUCAACGAUGCAAAAAUGUAAUAAUAAUCUUCGCGUCAAUGAAUGACAAGUGCGACCAGGACAUGUUCUCCAAGUUCGAUCUGGUCUCUGUACAUGACUGCAAUGACGUAAUAUGUAAAUGUAAUCUUGUUUGUUUGUUUUUUUAUUACUCGAUUAGCUGUAAGGAUUAUGAUACAGUGUUGAAAAUCAUUAUUAUCACGUCCGUGCCAUAAGAAAAUUUGUACAUAUAUUGAACCCCUCUCAAAUCAAACAUCGUUUUACGCAUGUAAAAAUUUUCGAAAUUUCUUUGAAAGAAGCUCACAAUUUACAGUAGUAUUUGUAAAUCUCCGAAAGUUCUAUACAAUGAUGCUGGAAACGAUGCUUGCAAUAAGAACUUUAAAGAAGUUUAACAUGUUUUAUUGCAAUAAAGAAUAAAAGAAUAAUUAUAUAAAAUAUAUCAAUAUAUUAAAUAAAAGAUAUUUUACUCAGAAACAUCUUGAAGAUUAUUUAAUACAGGGAGAAUGUGAGCGUAAACAUGGACAUAUUAAUAUCUUAGGAAAUAUUUAUAAAGAAAAGAAGAAUGUUUAAAGUAAAAGUUGCAGAGUUAGACCGAUACUGAUUUUUAUUGUACAAUAUUUGAUCAUCCUUUGUGUAACAUGCAGACAUACUGAAUUCUAUUUACGUAACAUAUGCGGGGAUAUGCGGGACAAGAAUUUGUGAACGAUACCGUACAUCUGACAAUGUAUGCGUAGCUCGCGAUUAGGACGAUGUAAAGUGUUGGAAUAGAAUGUGAUAUGCUUCGGGAACGAUCGGGUAAUGAUAUUUAGCGAGGUGUGCGAGGACACUCCCCAAGUUUGCGCUAACCGUUAUUUCCGAUGAGACGGAAAUAACAAUUACAUGUACACGCACUUUGGUAUCGAUUAAAAUUCGAAGGGUCUCUCACAAAGGAACAGAAUGAAUCUGUCCGAUUGGAUCAUACGUACAUCUGUAUAUAUAUACGAACGUUGUUACGUGAUGUAUAGGAAGUCUAUUUUUAUUCAGAGAGUCCCAUUUCGUAAUAUUUAGUACAGAUUAAUAGACAGUGUUUAAAUGCGAUUUUUCGACCGGAGUUUUGAAUUCGUAUUGCGUUACGUUUUACGAUUUACAGCGAUAUAUAACACAAAAUGCUCAUCUGAUAAAUAACAUUACCAAAUGAGCAUUAUGUGUGCAUAAAUCUGUGUAUGCGUGUAUAACGUUCUUUAUAUUUUUUUAUGGUUAGUUGCACAAUCAAUAUGCACGUACUAACUCGCGCUGUAUGUAUUGUAUCGCGUUCACAGAUAUCAAACAUGUAUGCACAUCGUGAAUAAAAUUGGUCAAGUCUAAUUCACUAGGUGAAUUAACGAAUCAACAAGUUUCAUCGUGACGCCGAUGUACGUUCGGAUCAUUGGAUCACAAAAUAUUAUAUAUCCAUUCGAUAUAUCCACAGUCUUGAUUUCCUCAGCAAUUUCCUAUAGAAUGAAACAAUGUAAAUUCUUGAUGAAAAUUCCAUAUUAUCUUCUGUGUUUUUUCUUAGCUUGUGAUUCUUCAGAAAGAAUUAUUUUGUGGUCCAGUAAUCCAAAAAUUGAUUGUUUUUGGAUACACUCUAAAUAAACAGCAAGUGGCGGAUAUCUAAGUGGGUGGAUGUUCAUCUUGCACCUCGUUGCUUUCCGGCAACUUGAUGAAGGACAGAUCACCGCCGCUCCACAUCGAGUACAAUUGCGACCUCAUACACUCCUAAAAUUAUCGACGUUCAUGUAUGCAUGAGAGAAAGAAAAAGUGCAACAGAGAGAAAGCAAAUAAGAAAUUAGCAUUAUGAUAAGCGUUAUGUAAUGUAAAGGGACAGUGUAAAUAGAAUCGAAUAAAAGUAACUCGUACGCCAUCAUUUUUCGCGACUAUAUGUAUAUCUCAUAAAAAUAUAUCGUUUCGUCGCGUUACAUUAUAGUUACGUCUUUAUUUUAUAAUCUUAUUUUUAAGCCUUUUGUAUAUAUACAUAUAUACGCAGAAUUACUCUGUAUUGUGGGAUCGAUAGUCUAAAUUUGUAGUGCAAAAAUGUCGGUGUACGAACAUCCGUUUUAUUCAUUGUACAUUGGAUGAACGAAGGAGAAGAGAGAGGUAUCAGAUUAAUAAAAUUAAGUUCACUAACACCGUGCUCUUAACACUUAGGGAA